GGGCGAGCAGGAAAACUUUUCAGUUUUAAAGAGCGAGAGGAAGCGUGUGCUGGAGCGGCGACCAUGCAGGAGAAGUCUGGAGAGACGGUGUGCAGUGAAAGCAACGAGGUGGCGGUGUGGUUGUGCCCACUGUGUCAACAAGGGUUACCAGACAGGGGCUCCCUUUCUCUGCACCUGUCUGACAGUCAUAGUGUGCUCCCUAACUGUGUCGACAAGCUGCUGGACAUUGCUGCUCCCAAACAGGGGGCGAGUGGAGUGGACGGGGACACCGAUGUUCAGCAUGACGCAGAUGCCCCGUCAUUACAGCUGAAGCUUUUAGAAGCCUCCCUCUCAGACCCGUGUCAUAAUAAUGAGAACACUGACGGACCCCAACAUAAUUCCGACAGUAGGCACACUCUCAUUGGGUCUGGAGACAAAGAUAAAGAGAUGGAUAAGGAGGUAGAGGGAGCUAGAGACCCAGAGGGAGUUGGAGUUGUCUUUGAGACGCAUCAGGAGAGAAGUCAGUCCACAGGAACACCUGACAACAAUGAAGAGUCAACGGGUACACAUUGUGUAAUGGCUGAAGGCGAUGACAGUCCUCCAUUCAAGUGUAAUGCGUGCUUAGAGGCUUUUCCUACCAGGACCGCAUUAAGUGUUCACUACAACUCUGCAUCCCAUGUGCAACGGAUGAGAACAGGAUCCCUAAAACAGGGUGGUGAAAAUGGCACCCCAGCCGCUCCCUCAGUCCCUUUUCUGUCUCGGCCAUAUCUAUCAAACAAGCCCUACCAGUGCACUGUGUGUCGAGUCUCUUACAACCAUGCCAUCACCCUGGAGAGUCAUUUGAAAUCUGUUUUGCACCAGACUCGUAGCAGAAAUGCAGGAAUCUCUGCCAACAGUGCAGGUGGAAAUUCAGGAAGGACCAAUAUGGCUACUAACUUAGUUGUUACGUCUGGGGGCAGUGCUGCACAGUUGGUUAGCACCACCAGCAGCAAUUGUGUCAACCCGGCAAGCCUGGCUGCUGCAGCAAUGACUAACAAAGACGGAGAAGCAAUUCAAACCCAGCCGGCUCCCUCACUGCUUUCCUCCCCUGUGACCUCUGCUCAGGCAGUCUCUGCUUUUCUCACCCUCCUCACGUCCAGCCCAAGCUCUAUCUCACACUCCCUCCUCCCCUCUCUGUUUGCGGCUGGCGCGUCCCCUGCCACGGCCUCACCUCAGCUCAUAACCCAGACUCAGAUGCUCAUCCCCUUUAUCCUGAAUGGGCUCCAAACACAAAGCCAGAGACUAAACCCAGAGCUUCUGACCCAGUCAAUACCCCUACUAGGUCUCAAUGCUGCCCAGCAAGCUAUCCUGGCCCAAAGACUCAGUAGCUUACAGAACCAGUGGCCAGCUGUCGGUCUCCAAGCAAUCUCACAAGCCUGUUCAGAAGACAGCCAAACAAACAAGAGCGAAGUGAAGCAAGACACAAACGAGGUGACAGCUGAUGAGAAAGGAUCACUUAAGGCUGAGAAGGAGGAAAGUUGGUCCCUGGAAUGUGAUGAUGGAGAAAGAGAGAUUUGUGAGGAGGAUGCUAAGGGAUAUGCACAAGAGCAUCUCGGCGCCUUAGUAAGCAAAAAUAACAGGGCUGAGUCAUGUAUGAUAGAUGGAGAUUUUGAAAUGAAAGAGAGCACAACAGAGAGCAGGAACUCAGCAGGUCACAUGUGGCCAGAUGAGAAAGGGGGGGACAAUGACAAGUGUAGUGACCGCUCACCGUCUGUUACCAGCAACUCAAGCCUAAGUCCUACCACUUUAAAUCUUAUGCUUAGCCCUGAUUCUACCCCUCAAAAAUCUGAAGUUGGCACAAGCCCUUAUGCCUCUGUCUGCUCCCCAGAAUCUAGCCCCUCUAAACGCACCUUAAAUUCCCAUGAUCCAACUCGUCCCCGUGCUCAUUUCAGGGCUCGCCACUUCUCAGGCCCCCCGAUACUGUCAGAGUUCCAGAUACAGGUUAUGCGUGCGUUUCUGGAGUCGCGUAGCGAGGCUGAUGCAGCCAGUCCUCCCCGUGAUGACUGCGAGUCGCUGGGCAGGGAGGUGGGGCUCACCGAGGUGGAGGUUCGCAAGUGGCUCACCGACGCCCGACGAGCCAAAGAGAGGCAGAAAGCUGGGGGAACAGAGCACAUGAGCAGCAUUGCAGGCUAUGGUAAAAAAUACAAGGGUCUUGAUAACGACGAGGAGGAAGGUUGUCUUACAAUAGAUGAGACCGAGGGUGGGGUCAGCGAUGAGGCCUCUGGCAGUCACGCGAUGGAUUUGUCAAAUAGUGGAGGGCGUAAAGAGAUGGGGAGGGAGAGCCAAGGGGACUCGUGUCUGACCUCAGACAAUGAAGAAUUCUACACCUCUGUCAUUGUGAGUGAUGAGGACAGCCUGAGUGGCUCCAUGAGGGAGGGGCCAGGCAGCCCUGCUAAAGAGGAGGCUCUGGUAGAACUGUCAGGAGACAAGGGUUCAGGAGGAAAGGUGUUGCGCUCCACCACUGUGUUCCUCUCAGACGCUGAGGAUGACGAUGAUGCCGAGGAGGCCGCAGCUCAGAGAGCAAAGAGGAGAAAGAGAAAGAGGGAGUUGGAGCGGGAGGAGGUAGAGGUUAAGAAGGAGAGACUAGACCCCGACGUGGAUUUACAACUAGAGGCUCAAGCUGAUCCUCCUUCCCACCUUCCCGUCACCAUUGACCAUCAACGGCUUCCGAGUGGCAUUCUACACUCCCUCCCUCUGUCUCUGUCCCUCACUCCAUUCUCUACUCAGUUCCAUAGCCCUUAUGUUCUCUCUCUCCCUCCCUCAGUGGUUGGGCUCGGAGUUGCAGAAGGAGAUGGAGGCAAAGUACCUGCCUUUCCAAACCCCCCUAACAUCACCCGGUUCUCUGACCCUGUCAUUACAUCAUCCCUCUCCUCCCAUACCCACACCUCCCACUACAUGUCUAAUGGAGGAGACUGUGAGGCUGCUUUAGAUCUCAGCAUUGGGAAAAGCUACAGCUCAACAUCUUAUUCCUCCACGUCACUCACGGGUGACAAGACUUCAGCACAAAAGGGCCGUCUGCUUGAUGGACUCGGUCUAAGACCCACAGCUUUUGGGGUACCUGGGGAAGGGAGACUCAUUGUGGUCAAGGUCAAACCUGAGCAAGUGACUUCCAACAGCAGUGGCUUUGUCAGUGGCAUGGCCAAGGCCAGCACUGUCUACAUGAGGGAGAAAGAGGAGAGGGACCAGAAAGGCAGGCCGAAAGCACGGCGGUACCGGGACAUGAGACGUUCCAGGACCAUCAUCCAGGCUGAGCAGCUAAAUGUGCUUUAUGGCUGCUAUUUCAAAGACCCAAAUCCCGGGAAACACGAGUUUGAGCAGAUAUCAGAGUGGGUCCAUCUCCCAAAGAAAGUCGUACAGAUUUGGUUCCAGAACAUGCGGGCUAGGGAGCGCAAGGGUGAGGUUCGCUUCAUCAGUGAUGGCACUCUGGCAGCAGUGGGCAAACCACUCAUCAAGUUCACCUGGCCACUGUCACAACCCAUCUUCUCCAGCACCCCCAAAUCAAACUCCAACAGCAGCGUCUCAACUGUAGCCAAUCCAGUACGGGCCAUCCCAAAGAUGGAGGUGAAGGAGGAAAAUGUAAAAAAAACAGUUCCAAACAGGCCCAAGGAGGUGGCCUCUUCCCUUUCCUCCGUAAGCCACAGUGUGUCUGCAGUGCCAAAGACCAAAAUGGAGUUGACAAACAAUGUCACAAUGGUCAAAAUCGCCCCCAAAAGCAUCGCUCCAGCUCUCCCUGUCGUCCCCAAGGAACCCCGACCUCGCCCCCUUCCCAAACAUGCGCCUGAAGAGGAAGUUGGGGAAGAUGAUGAGGAAGUGGAUGAUCGUAACCAAGCGAAGCCACUAGCCAGGCCUGGAUCCACCAACCGCAUGGUGCCAAAACUGCCCUCGACGCCAAUUAGCAAGUCUCCUGCUGCGACGUCACAAAAACAAAAUGGGCUCAAUUACUGGUCGGCCAAGGGCCCCUUUAAGAUCAACACACUGUCUAGGGAACAGUUGGGUCUGUCAGCACCCCGUACCUUCACAGCUGUCGGUGCAGCUGCUGCCCCCUCUGCCAUCACCAUUUCUGCCACGUCCUCUGCUCCUGCUGCUGCCACGGCCUCUGCUCCUGCCUCUGCUGCCACAGUAACUACCACCACCACCACAACAGCAAGCGCAAGUAAUCAAACCACCGUCAGCAUUGUCACCAUCGCUAAGACCUCUCCAUCGGAGAGCAGUUUCCUGCACCACUCUACCACCCGCAGGCCACGCACACACCUGUCCUGUCUGCAGCUGUCCAUCCUGCAGUCAUGCUAUGAGACGUGCGCCCACCCUAACGCGAUGGAGUGUGAGGCGGUAGGGACGGAGCUGGGGCUGCCGCUCAAGGUGGUCCAGAUCUGGUUCCAGAAUACCCGCGCCAAGGAGAAACGCUGGAGGCUGCAGCAGGAGAAACUGUCUCCUGUGUCCUCAGAUCCCUCCAAGACGGUUGACAUGAGCUCGGGCAGCUACCUGCAGUACAACGCUCUGCGAGCCCACCGUCCCAUCCUUCCCAAACCGGUUCAGCUGACUGUCCUGGAGCCCUCUUCUCCCCCAGCCGGGGGCCAGCCUGCAGGCCGAGAGACGCUGAGAGGCAAGUGCCAGGCCUGCAACACAGGCUUUGAGUCCAGAGCAGCAGCAAGAUCCCAUGUCUUUUCCCUUCGACAUUUAGCCACUCUGAGAACCACUAACUUUGGCCAGCCAGCGACCAUCAUCAACAAUAAAUCUGAUAGCGGGUCUAUUUCUGUUUCCGCCUCCGGGUCUUGUGUGGAGGACCCUUCAGCUUCCCCACCCCUACCCAGCAGCACCAGCUAAGGCACCCAUCAGUGCUGGUAAAGACUGGACCCAUUGGGCUCCUUAAAUGUUUAUAAACACAUUGGGCACUGGUCCUCCAAGCUAAUAUUCUUUAAUGUGUGAUGGAAAGGCCCAAUCACCUACCACACUUGCUCCCUCACAUUGGACGUCUUUCUGCCGAGUUCUUGUGUCCAAACUGGAUACACUGUUGUCACACUGCUUCACCAAAAGUUAUCAAAUGAGUGAACAUUUACCAGUCCCUUAUAUUGUCCUGGGCUGCGGUUAUAAUCUUGUCCUUAACCAUCCUGGCCCAGUUUUUAAAUCGCUCUUAUAAUACUUGUGUAUUAUCCCUAAAGACUGUGCUUAUGCAAAAACAAUUAGGCCAUUAUCUGACUGACUAAAAAAGACUGCUGGGAUUACCUGUAACUGUAUAGAUUUGGACCAGAAAUGAGAAGUAGCUCUGUUUUUAGUGGCGUUGAACUUGCCAUCUUGAUUGUGUCUGUGUCACGACAAGCUUUCUGUUAGAAUACAGGUGGCGUGUGUUCAGAUGGUGUAUGCUACUUCACAUGGAAUCGAAAGGUACUUUUAACUGCUUGUGACUAGAAUUGGCCUGUUAAACUGAACAGAUUAUCCCCUCCUGUAAACACACUGGCUGUGGCUGAAAUGGAAUCCUCCAUGGGCCCUGGUCAAAAGUAGUUCACUAUAUAGGGUUCCAUUUCAGAUGCACCCACUCACUGUUCUCAUGACAAUCCUCUAUAGACAGGGAAAAGAGAGGCUGAAGAGGGCAGACUCUCAUUAUACGGCACUUUGAUGCGUUUUACAUUGUAUGAAACGUUUUUAAUUCUUAAGCAUUCUUAUGCAGAGUGUCUUUCUACUUAAUGAAAGAUGUGCGUGUCGCAUGUUGGAUGUGUUAUUGUAAGUUACAUUAAUAACAUUGGAAACAUUGUUUUUUGGUACUUGCAGUCUGUCAAAAAAAUAUCUACAUUAACUCACCAUACACCAUACAAAACGGAUCAGACCUUACUGCUGUGCAAGGAAAGUCUUAGUCCUGAUACUUGUUAAAUUAUUUCUAAAUUUAUUAAUUCACUAUGGUGUUUUUAAGAUCUAUUGAAUGAAUGUGGAGCAAGAAAAUAACUUUUCCAUUUUUGGUCAAUGAAAAAUAUCCACAACAAAUCAUUUCAAGUGUAAGAUUUGAAACAAGUGAUAUUCCUUAUAACAAACAAUACACUGAACACAAAUAUAAACGCAACAUGUAAAGUGUUGGUCCCAUGUUUCAUGAGCUGAAAUAAAAGAUCCCAGAAAUUGUCCAAACACACACAA